AUGGCCCGAUCUCUGUGCUCCAGAUGGAGGCAGAAGAUCGUCUCGCGGACACUUUGGGCCGUCCUCGCUGCCUGGGGAUCUUCGCUUUGGCUGCCUGUGGCGAGCACGGCGGGACCCGCCGUCCUGAGGCGACCUUGGCUCGGCUGCCUGGCGGCCGCUGUUUCGGUGCCUGCGGAGGCCCAGGUGAAUGUUGGCCUCCGGAGCCUCGCCCGGCGGUCGCGGCCCAGGCCAGAGACGGGCGUUCGCAUGAGCGACCUGGGAGUCAUGGAAGGUGCGCAGGAUGCAGACGGUGCCCGAUUGGUCGCAGCAGAGGUCCUCUCCUCGUCCGAGACCCGUGUGACUGUGAGUUUCCGCACACCUUGGCCGGUGACCUCAGAUCGCACAGCCUCCUCGAAGGGGCUUGAAGUGAGAAGCAAGAGUGGGGGUGCUUAUGCCUUCUUGCAGGUGAUCCCUGGUGUGAACGGAACUGCGACGACGGAGCAGAUCCUGGAUGCUGUGCUCAGCAGCAAAGGCAAGUUCGGCGCCUACGGCGAGCCCGCGGACGUGCGGGUGAUUCAAGACAAGGAGCUGGCCGGCGGGGACAGGCAGCUGGUUCUUCUCUUUACAUCCUACUCCCCGCAAUCCGCCGAGUACCAGAACCGUGCGAUCGUCAGAUCGACCACGGUCGACGGCGACGCCUUCGUUCUGGUGGGCGCAGCAUUCGACGAGAGGUGGCAGAAGGAGCCGCAGGCGGGUUGCAUCUAUCCUACUUGGCAUAGUUGGCCUGGUGCCCAGUUCACAGUUAGGUUCGUUUCGCGCGGACCCGUCCAAAGCGACGGCGAGAUAAGCGCUGAUGGCGUGCAUGGUGGCUUGCUGAGCUCAAAGAGGCCCAGGGAGGGCUGGGAGUUUUCAAACGAAUUUCGGAACAUCUCAGUGCUUUGCAAUGGGAUGCCUGCUGAGCCUCUCUGGCAGCUGAGCUGCGAGGGCCCGGUACUGAGCACGGUCUAUGCGCAAGAGGCGAAGUCUCUUGUGACCCUCACGGCCUGGCAGCUGCAGUCCUGGGACCUCGAGUCGAAGCUUCCACGCUGCGGCCUACGGGGCGAGGGAUGCUGGCAGGCCUUAACCUAUGCGCGCCACCUGCGGAGUGUAGCGGCUGGCGCAAGGGAUGGCACAGUGACUGUGUGGGAUGUGACUAGUGGUGCUGCCACGAGGGAGCUAAGCUGUGGAAGCGCCGUGGCCUGCCUCGACUAUGCUGAAGCCAUCAAGGCUGUCGUUACCGGGGAGGAAAACGGCACGAUCAUACUGUGGGAUCUGACGCGAGGGCUUCAGCUUGCCGUGCUCUGGUGCAAAGCCACAGUACACUCGAUUGCAUAUUGGUUUAUAGCUCCCUACAUCCGCGACAUCCCGCACCUCAACAACGGAGAGAUCUUGUCGAAGCUCAUCCCGGCGAGCGAAAACGGGACCAUGGGCAGGGCCGUCGUCACUGGAGAUUCAGCCUUCAAGGUCACGGUGUGGGACAUCGAGACGUCGAAUGCUCGGAAAACCUUCGACUGCUCCAGCAACGUGCUGGCCAUUGCCGUGUCGCCGUUCCUGGGAUUGGUCGCCGCCGGCGAGGCGAAUGGAAGAGUCACGUUGUGGGAUGUCGAGAUCGAGUGUGCUCUCCACCGCUACGAGGGCGGGGCGGUUUCUGCUCUGGCCUUCGUUUCCCUCAGCCUGGAGGAGCAAACCUUGGUCUCAGCGGAAUGCUACAGAGUAGUCUCCUGGGACAUGGACACGGGCCAGUUCCAGUCCCGGAACCUGAAGCUUCCGACCUCCUGCAUCGCGGCGCGGUGCAUGUGUUUCAUGCCACCUUCAGCUGAAAAGGACGCCUCGGAGGAGGCCGUCGUCCUUGUUGGUGACAGCUCCGGCCGGCUUGCUGCAUGGCCGUGGCAGCGCCUGCAGCCGCUGAGAGGCCACGACGAGAAACGCUGUGGCGAUGGCUUCCGUGUGAGGACUGUCCAACGCCCACGAUGA